ACUUUUCAUAGUUUUCCUUGUUCUAAAUCGAUAUUUCAAAGAAAGUUGUAUUCUUUUUAUAAUACCACUUCUCAUGUCAAUAAAUUGACAACCAACCAAAAAAAAAAGUUUGUCUUUUUGUGCAACAUUUUUUUUUAAGGUAAAAGAAAAAGAUAGACGCAGAGACCGAUUCUGUACCUCGAAGUGAGAGAGUCACUCGCCACUGAAAACCACUAUUUUCGUCACAAUACUGCGGUCGGACGUAGUAAUCAAAGAUUUUGAUAUUUGACCAGUGCUUGGGCGGUCGAAAAAUGCCCGGCGUUACAGGUCCCUCCGAUUAUUCGAAAGAGCCACCACGACAUCCAUGCCUCCAAAUCAAUUCCAAGGAGCCUUUCAAUGCAGAGCCACCUCGUUCGGCUUUGUUUCGCUCCUAUGUCACUCCCGUUGAUUUGUUCUACAAGAGAAAUCAUGGCCCAAUUCCUGUUGUUGAUGACAUUGAAAGAUAUUCUGUUUCAGUAUCUGGUUUGGUAGAAAACCCCAAAAACUUGUCUAUGAAGGAUAUCAGAAUGCUUCCCAAGUAUGAUGUCACUGCUACAUUGCAGUGUGCAGGUAAUAGAAGAACAGCUAUGAGCAAGACUAGAGCGGUGAAGGGAGUUGGCUGGGGUGUCUCUGCUAUAGGAAACGCUGUUUGGGGAGGUGCCAGAUUGGCUGAUGUUCUGGAACUUGUUGGAAUACCCAAGUUGUCAAGCUCUAGUAAAUCAGGGGGCAAACAUGUUGAGUUUGUUAGUGUUGAUAGGUGUAAGGAGGAAAAUGGAGGCCCUUAUACAGCAUCUAUUCCACUAAUUCAGGCUACAAAUCCUGAGGCAGAUGUUUUACUCGCUUAUGAGAUGAAUGGAGAGCCUCUGAAUAGGGAUCAUGGAUAUCCAUUGCGUGUUGUUGUCCCUGGUGUUAUUGGUGCACGCUCUGUCAAAUGGCUUGAUUCUAUAACUGUGACUGCAGAAGAAUGCCAGGGUUUCUUUACGCAAAAAGACUACAAAAUGUUUCCGCCAUCAGUGAAUUGGGACAACAUUAACUGGAAUACUAGGAGACCACAAAUGGAUUUCCCUGUGCAGUGUGUAAUUUGUUCUUUAGAGGAUGCUACUGCAGUAAAGCCUGGAAAGGUAACAGUGAGUGGAUAUGCUGCCUCAGGAGGUGGUCGUGGCAUUGAAAGGGUAGAUGUGUCUUUUGAUGGUGGGAAAACUUGGGUAGAGGCCUCUAGAUACCAGAAGCCUGGGAUCCCUUAUGUUUCAGAUGAUGAGAGCUGUGACAAAUGGGCUUGGGUGCUUUUUGAGGCCACGGCUGAUGUCCAAAGCAAUACAGAGAUUGUUGCCAAAGCGGUGGACUCAGCAGCAAAUGUCCAACCAGAAAAUGUCGAGGACAUUUGGAACUUAAGGGGCAUACUCAACACUUCAUGGCAUAGAGUCCAAGUUCGAGUUGGCCAGUCAAAUAUGUAGUUUUUUUAUGGACCUGAAAACUUAAUAAAUAAAGUAACAGAGAGUUGUUUGUAAUAAAAGUGAGGAUGAUUCUAGUAUUCUACUCUUUAAUCUAACUUUGGAUAUAGGAGGAACUGUUGAGUUGAGUUAACGUUUUUCACAUGUUGAAUCAUUGUUCUGAGUUGAGUUUC